CUCGCCAUUUUGCUAUUUACAAAACGUAGCCAUUCCGAUUUCUGACAUGUAGAAUGUUCAAUUUACAUAGAAAGUAAUUGUUUUAAUAUGUAUAUUGCCACGUUCUGCAAUUAAUUGUUUACUUCAAAGGUGCAUACAUAUACAACAUACUGUACUCCGAAAGUGGAAAAGGGAAAUUAUAUUUUUCGAAAGACGCAAUAUUUUCGUAUUGUAAUUUGUAAGUGACAUUACUACCUACUUGUCACAAGACGUUCUAAAUGUUAAUAAAUUUUGCGGGAAACUUUGACCGACUUUUUUCAUAAUGCUGGGAAAAAGGAUGCACCACAAUAACAAAGGCCGAUUGGCUAGUAAAGGACAUGAAAACGGUAAACCAGCUAGUCCUGGUUUAUCUCCAUAUAAUAAACCCACAAAAAUUCAAGGUGUUGUAUCUGCUGGAAAAACGAAGACUGAAAUGAGUCCCAUACCCUAUAUAAGACAGCGAGAUAAUGCGACAACGUUACCAAGGCUAACAGCAGUUGCUGCACGGUCUGCAGAUGAAGCAAUUGGUAUGGAUGAACUUGAUGCUCUGCAGUCUGAACUUGAAACACUUCUGUGUAACACUGCUCUACGUAUUAGAUAUUUUCAAGGUGAAAUUGAGAGUAUAGACACAAAUGAAUCCAAAAGAGAGAAGAAGAAUAAAGCUGCUGGUAAACAAUUACAAUAUCCUGGAAAGAGAAAGUUUACCGACGAUAAGUUAGGCAAAACCAAAGACUACACAAAGUUAUCUAAUCAACCCAAAGUGCCAAAAUUUAAGAACUAUUCAAACUCAUCUGCAACAUCAAACAUAUAUUCUAAUGAUGCCGGUUUCAAUUCAGAUAAUUCAGUGAAAUUAGAAAUGUCACAGUUAGCUCUUCCCAAAAAUAAUAUACCUUAUAAGUUUUGGAACUCUGUUGAGCCAUACUGUGCUCCCGUCAGUAUGGAUGACAUAAAGUUUUUGGAAUCACUUCUUGCACAGAGUAGUAACACAACAUUACCACCAAUUCCUCCACUUGGUCGACAUUAUUCUGAAGUUUGGGCAGAUGAACAUUUAUCAGAAGAUCAGAAUGCUUCUAAUCCAAAUAAAAAAUCUUCUGGUGUGUCACCUGAUGCUUCUAGUAUUCGUAAGAAGCUUGAAAAAUCAGAUAAUAUGAUAACUGGUCCACUAACACAGAGAUUGGUAUCAGCACUGAUGGAGGAAAAUGUUAUACCAUAUGAAGUUCCAGAUAUAAAAUUAAAGCAAUCAACUAAUACUAAAAACAGCUACAAAAAUUCAUUAACCCUAGAGAAAUGUCUUAGAAAAGAGCUGGUAGACCAAGGAAUAUUGGAUCCAGAGGAUUUACCUCCACUUACUAAUGCUGCUGAUGAUGAGAUUUUAGCAGAGAUAAAGAAAUGUCAAACAGAAUUAACUGCAGUAAGAAAGGAAAACUGCAAGAAUUUGAAAAAUUUAAUUGGUUUAUGUAAACAGGAAAUGAUCAGACUUAACUUGAAAAAGCAGUUAGAUCAAGUUGAUCUUGAAUGCAUUGAUAUUUAUAAGAAGAUGGUUGCUGCUAAGCAAAAGAAGAGGCCUAUAACUAAGAAGGAGAAAGAUGAUGCUUGGAGAGCUAUUAAUGAACAGAUAAGACUCAAUAAGGAAAUAAAUGCUUUGCCAUUGACAGGACCAAAUUCAAGCUAGUUGAUAUAAGUUGGUCUAAGUUGUUUAUUAUAUUAUUAUCCCUUCUGCAAUUAAAAUCAUUUUAUAUAACAUAAUAUUUUUUCAAAGGCUCAUUUAGAGGGUUACUCUAGACCAGCAGUUUGCAAACUCAUCAUUCUAAUAAUCUAAAUAAUAUAGAAAAGUAUUUUGAUGUAUAUAGGGAGUAUCAUUUUUUUUAAUUUAAGCUUUGGUUAAGUAGACACAUUUUUAUGGAAAAAUAUCAGGAAUAAAAACACCCUUGUGCGCCUGCCUUUGUUAAAUAAGUAUUAGUUUUGCAACUGCCUCUCUUAAACUGUCUUAGAACACUAUGUGUAAAAGAUUGACUUGCUAUUAAAUAAUUUGUGUGGUAUACAUGAUGAUAGCUAUGUACCUAGAAGAAAUUUUGAAAUUUUCAUUAUAUUCGUUUUUAAUGUAUGUAUCAUAAUUUUAACUUUCAUGUUUGGGUUCUCCAAUAUCUUUCAUUCUAAAGGAUGAGAGUUGAGACCUCAUAUAUAUUUUUUAAAUUUAUUGUGUGGGUGUUAUUUAAUUUGCCUCAUUUUGCAUUUAAUAAGAAAAUAUAUAGCAUACAAAUUAUAUAUCACUGGUAUCAUUUAUAUAAUAUGCAAAGAGGAUGUAAAUACUAUGUAAUUAGGUGUGACUGCCUAAGUAAAAAUUGAAAUUUAGUUUAGUAUGAAAUGUGCAGUCAUUUAACAUAAGUUUGAAAUAGUAGUAAUAACUGUAUGGCAAUUGGCGACAUAGUAUAAUCUGGGUUAGUUUGAAAGUGAACAGUUGCUUAAAAUGUAGUAGAUCCUGGCUAUCUCCGUUUUUUACAUGAUUAUAACGGUCAUUUGUCAAUGACUGCAUAUUUCAUACAAUUGCAUAUCAUACAAUUUCAUUCAAUUCUCUAGGCUGAUAAUAUGUCAUUUUAAAAUACAUCUGGAUUCCGUAUCUGUUAAAAUUAGGAAGUCAACAUAAAUUAAAAAGACAAUCUUAGAGCAAGUAUUGUACUAUGUAGGUGUGUAUUGUAAGUUGAAUAUGCAUCAAUAAAGGUAUCUGCUUGGUAUAGUAAUGUA